AUGAAGCUCUCAAUAGCUCUUGCACUCGGCGCAACGGCUUCGACGGGGGUGUUGGCUGCUGUUGUACCGCAGCAAGAACCGCUGAUAACCCCCCAAGAUCCCCCAACUCAUCAUCAUCAGGAGAAGUUCUUGAUCGAGUUGGCUCCUUAUCAGACGAGAUGGGUUACCGAGGAAGAAAAGUGGGACUUGAAACUGGAUGGCGUGAACUUCAUUGAUAUUACUGAGGAACGAAACACUGGAUUCUACCCAACGUUGCAUGCUGGUAGCUAUGUUCACUAUCCGCCGACGAUGAAGCAUGCGGAGAAGGUGGUUCCCCUUCUGCGGGGUCUCUCCAAGGACAACAUGGAGCAAAACCUCAACAAAUUCACCUCGUUUCACACUCGCUACUAUAGGUCGUCCACUGGUAUUGAGUCCGCAAAGUGGCUAUACAGUAGGGUUUCCGAUGUCAUUGAACAGUCUGGUGCAGCGAAGUACGGCGCCACUGUGGAGCAGUUCGCUCACUCAUGGGGCCAAUUCAGUAUUAUUGCUCGGAUCCCAGGCCAGACUAACAGAACUGUUGUCCUGGGUGCACAUCAGGACAGCAUCAAUCUUUUCCUCCCCUCUAUCCUAGCUGCACCUGGUGCCGAUGAUGACGGAAGUGGAACCGUGACUAUACUCGAAGCUUUGCGUGGUCUGCUGCAGUCAGACGCCAUUGUCCGGGGCAACGCUUCCAACACAAUCGAAUUCCACUGGUAUUCGGCAGAGGAGGGUGGUAUGCUUGGUUCGCAAGCCAUCUUCUCUCAAUACAAGAGAGAUAAGCGAGACAUCAAGGCGAUGCUUCAACAGGAUAUGACUGGCUAUACCCAGGGGGCUCUGGACGCCGGUCGUCAAGAAGCCAUUGGGAUUAUGGUUGACUACGUUGAUGAGGGACUGACACAAUUCCUCAAAGAUGUCACUACUGAGUAUUGUGGUAUUGGCUACAUCGAAACCAGAUGUGGCUACGCCUGCUCGGACCACACGUCCGCAAGCAAAUAUGGCUAUCCCGCAGCUAUGGCGACGGAAUCCGAAAUGGAAAACAGCAACAAGAGGAUCCACACGACUGAUGACAGCAUCCGGUAUCUAAGCUUCGAUCAUAUGCUGGAGCAUGCGAGUGGUAUGGUACAUACGGCUACCAUGGAAUCUACCGACCCCUACGCAAAGGAGCUUCAGAUUGCCUGUCUCACAGUUCAGAGAGCCACGCUCUUGACGAAAAAGCUAUUGGAAGCUGUGGACAAGGGGUCUUUCGACAAGAAUGACGCCACCCCAGUGACAAUUGCUGAUUUUGCUGCACAGGCACUGAUUAUCGCUGCCAUUCACCAUGCGUUCCCCGACGAUGAGUUUGUCGGAGAGGAGAGCUCAGAUGCUCUUCGAUCCGAUCCUGCUCUCCUUGACAGGACAUGGGAGCUGGUCUCCUCUACCCGCCUGUCGGACGAGGAAAGCGAUGCGCUGCUCUACGCUCCGAGCAGUAAGGAGGAAAUGCUUGAUUUGAUUGAUCUCGGUGCUCAGGGCAACUGUAGCAAGCAGAGCCGUGCUUGGGUUUUGGACCCCGUUGACGGCACCGCAACCUUUAUUCAAGGUCAGCAGUACGCCGUUUGUUUGUCACUGGUGGAAAACGGCUACCAGAAGGUUGGCGUCUUAGGCUGUCCGAAUAUGAAUCUGGAGACGGGUCGCCUUCAUGAAAACAUCGUCGACCGAGAUGGCUACGGGCACCAGGUAUUCGCCGUUGCCGGACAAGGCGCAUUUAUUCGGCGAAUGGGAACGGGAGCUCUCCUCCCCUCGCGCAAGAUCGAGCCAAAGGCGCAGAUUACGGACCCGAAAGAUAUCGAUUUUGUCGAUUGCGUGUCAGCGACAUCAUCCGACAGGAACAUGCAUGCCCGCCUUGCGUCGCAUUUGGGUGCACCUUGGCCGGCCUCGACGGACCUCUGGGCCGCGCAGCUGCGAUACAUCGCCAUCGCAGUGGGGGGUUGUAAUGUGAUGAUCAAAAUUCCGCAUAAAUCUUCCUAUCGGUCGAAGAUUUGGGAUCAUUCAGGUGGCAUGUUGAUCGCCGAAGAACUCGGAUGUACUGUUAGUGAUCUGGCGGGUAAUCCAGUCGACUGCAGCUUGGGCAGGACCCUGUCUGGUUGCUACGGGAUGAUCGUUGCACCUUCGUCCAUCCACAGCCGGCUCGUGGAGGCAGUGAAACAGAUCAUGUAA